AUGAAUACGACUGCUUUGGGUUUGCGUCCAGCAUCAGAGCCGGACAGAAACAUAGUUUUGGUAGGACGUACUGGAAACGGUAAAAGCUCCACCGGGAACUCCCUCCUUGGAGAAAAAAUGUUUUUGGCGAAAAGACAAGCGGCUGGUGUUACCUUGAGAUGUGAGAUGCGUACAGCUGCCAUACAAGAUGGCUCAAUAAUCAAUGUCAUUGAUACUCCUGGUUUGUUCGACUUUGCAGUGUCUGCCGAUUUCCUCAGCAGGGAAAUCACCAAAUGCUUAGAUAUGGCGGAAGAAGGAUUGCAUGCUGUGCUGUUUGUUCUAUCUGCAAGAACUCGAAUUUCACAGGAAGAUGAAUCCACAAUUAAUGCAUUACAGGUCAUUUUCGGAAGUAAAAUGUUUGAUUACAUGAUCGUUGUAUUCACUGGCGGUGAUGAGCUGAAAGAGGAUAAUUCUACAUUGGAAGAAUACCUGUCUGAAGGUUGCCCUGAAUUUUUGAAGACGCACAAACACCAGAUUUCGAACUGCGGACUUAGCAUCAGCAUCCUUCAAUGGUUACUUACCGGCGAUGACCAACACCUCCAGACUCGAGCCGCCGAUGAAACCUUGGUGAAUUCGUUCAAACUAUACAUUAUAGCAAUCGGUCCCAAUGCAAACGGUGGAGUGGCGGUUUCAGCAUCAGACUCAGCACCAGGGUCCCAAUGCGGUGGAAUGGCGGUUUCCGGUGCUGCUGCGGCGGUUGCGGCUGGAACGGUGCAGCCAGGGACGACGUCUCUGUACGUCGGCGAUCUGGACGUGACCGUGACGGGUUCGCAGAUGUUUGAGGCGUUUAGCCAAGCGGGUCAGGUGGUUUCCGUUCGUGUUUGUAGGGAUAUGACCACUCAGAGAUCUCUUGGCUAUGGCUACGGCUACGUUAACUACGCCACUCAAGAUGCUUCCAGGGCCUUAAAUGAGCUGAAUUUCAUGGCUCUCAAUGGAAGAGCUAUAAGAGUUAUGUACUAUGUUCGUGAUCCAAGCGGAGUUGGUAAUAUCUUUAUCAAGAAUCUUGGCAGAGCAAUCGAUCACAAAGCACUCCAUGAGACAUUCUCUGCGUUUGGUCCCAUUCCCACUCCAAAAGAUGCUCCUGUUGUCACACGGAAAGCUUAA